GUUCUUAGUAAUUUAUCAUGAGAAUUACUAAUGACCUGUGCAUUUUUUGAGUGGUAAUAAAUUUAACUAACUACAAGAACAAUAAGUUCUUAGAAGAAUAAUCAACUACAAGAACAACAAGUUCUUCUACAUCAUUUACAAGAACAAUAGACAUAGAGAAAAAUCAAAAAAAUGACGUUAAAACGCCUACAUGCCUCGCCUGAGGAGCAGGCUAAUGGCGCUUCCCCAGAACGAGACUCCCGUCUUCCCGUCACCGUCUUGUCGGGCUUUCUUGGAAGCGGCAAGACAACCACGCUCACCCACGUCCUAAGCAACAAUGCUGGUCUCAAAAUUGCCUUGAUCGUGAACGAUAUGGCCAGCGUCAAUGUGGAUUCCUUGGCCAUUGACAAGGUCACCAAAGAGCAGAUGCUACGAAGCAGUAAGAUAAAACUACAGGCUGAGUCCUCGUCCCCUGAGAAGAAUGAAGGAGUAGAUCAACG